AUGGCCUCAAAUCCGUCUGGCCCUGCUGGCCUCGACGCCGGCACUGCUGCCACCUCCAGCGGCCCUUCGUAUGCGGCAACUGCAGCCGCUCCACCCAAGAAAAAGAAGACGCAUCGCGGUGGUAAGAAGCGCAAAAACAGGAGACAGAGUUUUGCAGCUGGAGCCGAUCUCGCGCAAGGCGACUCCAUGAUGGAGGAGCGCCCGAGUCUGGCCAAUGUCGCUAGCCAUGGGCAGUCGCGAGGGAGCAACGGUUUCUACCGCACCCACAGCAACCUCAGCAACACAAGCCUCGAGAGCGAGGCUCUGCUGGACCACCGCGAGCAGCCUACCAUCCGGACGCGUCGUCCCAGUGUGCCUGUAACGUCCAUGUACCAGCCGAGGGCAAGUCAGCCCAGCGUCAGCACGCCCCAGCGGCUUCAAGCCGCAAACUCCUACGGCCGCUCACGCCUUUCGCACACUCCCGAGGAGAACUACAGUGAUGGCGAAGACGAUGCGGAUGAUAGAACGCCACUCAUGGCUUCUUCUCAACGCGACAUCAGGACAUCCACUAGCUAUGGCUCCAACAACGGCAAGCCUCGCCGAGGAAGCAAGAACUCCGCAAAGAGCUUCAAGCAUAUGCCCAUGCCUGAACACAGGCCGGAUCUGUUCACCCAACACCACCACUCUACAACCAACCUCGACGACUACGACGUAAACAACCCCCCAUCCGUACCUACGAGCCCAGCUUUCGAGGCUAGCAGCGGUCUAGACGAUGUCAUGCUUCCCACAGACUUGGACCACCUGUCCGACCCAGGAAGGUCUAACAGUGCAUCUCGAGAUGCACUCAUCAACAUCGAUGAGGACGCCCAUUCAGGCACUCCACCUACUCCGGGCGACUUCACGCGCCGCAUGACCGGUUCUGCGCUUGAAGAUGUCUGCUUCCCCCACGAGGACAUGUCUGAGAUGGGACACGAAGAUUACAUGAACGCCCCCACAACCGGUGAGCCUACCACUCGCCGAAGACGCCGCCGCUGGCCCGAUCUCGGCGUUCUACAAGCUUGGGCGCACGAGGAGAAGGAACAACGGACUAUUGAAGGCAUGCGCAUGCGCAAGGUUAGCGAACCGCUCAUGGUUGAAGGACGCCUCCGUCCGAAACGACGCGUCUGGCAUCGCGAAGACAGCGACGCUCCCUAUCGCUUCACGUACUUCAACGAGACGUUCGACAACACCAUUCACAGCCAGAGCAUCAGCGAACUCUUGCAACCUGGGCAGAGCUUCAGAAAUCUCUUCGUUCCUGAUCCACCGAUCCUGGACGACGACAGCGAUUCUUCCGACACAGAAGAUGACAUGCUGCAUGCUGGCCCCAACGGCGGCUACUCCUCACGCACAACAACGCGUUCGACUUCGAAGGCCGAGGGCAAGUACUCUUCUGGAGAACAGACGCGCUCAACAACCCCGCGUCCAACGGAUGCAGGAAAACCCGACAAGCCCAAUGGCGAAAAGCCGAAGCGGUUUGGCCCACGGCCUGCCUGGUGGUUGGAUGUCAUGUCCCCCACGGAGACUGAGAUGAAGGUCAUUUCUAAGACGUUUGGCAUACAUCCAUUGACCUCGGAAGACAUCCUCAUGCAAGAGCAACGCGAAAAGGUCGAGCUGUUCAAGCACUACUACUUCAUCAACUACCGUACUUUUGAGCAAGAUGAGAAUAGCGAGGAUUAUCUAGAGCCCGUCAACUUGUAUGUUGUUGUGUUCAGAGAAGGCGUAAUAAGCUUCCACUUCUCUAUGACACCACAUCCUGCCAACGUCCGCCGCCGUAUUCGCCAACUUUCUGACUACCUUGUCCUGUCACCUGACUGGAUCUCGUAUGCCAUCAUUGACGAUGUCACCGAUGCAUACGCGCCCAUGAUCCAGAAGAUUGAAGAAGAGGUUGAUGAUAUCGACGAGGCUAUACUGCGACUCCAUUCCAGCGAAGAAGAACAAGAAGCGGAGAAGGAGAAGUCAUACAGCUACAACAACCCACACUACAAAGAGCCUCCCGAAAUCAAGUCGCAGCAAGAAACCGGCCGAGACAUGUUGCGACGUGUGGGUGAAUGCAGAAAGAAGGUUAUGAGCCUCUACCGCUUGUUGGGCAACAAGGCCGAUGUCAUCAAGGGUUUCGCGAAGCGAUGCAACGAGCAGUGGGACAUCGCCCCUCGCAACGAGAUUGGCAUGUAUCUUGGAGAUAUCCAGGAUCACAUUGUCACCAUGACAGGCAACCUGAGUCAUUACGAGAACAACUACCUUGCCCAGAUCAACAUCAGGAUGAACGAACGUCAAGAGAAGACGUCUGAUAUUCUUGGCAAGCUUACUGUGCUCGGAACGAUCGUUCUGCCAAUGAACGUUGUGACCGGUAUCUGGGGUAUGAACUGUCUUGUCCCUGGCCAAGACAUCGAGAACCUCAACUGGUUCUGGUGCAUUACUGGAGGCCUCAUCACCUUCGGCCUUAUGUGCUACUUCAUUGCGAAGAGGGUGUACGGCAUCGUUUGA